CAGUCGGCGUCCCUUCACUUCACGGCCGUCGAUGAGGAGCGCAAACAGAAAUUCAAACAUAACUCCGAUAUCCCCGGAUCCAUUUGCGUGAACCUGCGAACCCCGAACGAUUUGAUUGGUCUGAUUGUGGGUCGAAAUGGGGCCACAAUUCGCAACAUUCAGAAAGUGUCGGAAACUUAUAUCGAAACCCCGAAAGAGAGUCACAAUCAGUGGUUCACAAUGACUGGUCUGAUGGCUAAUGUCGAAAAUGCUAAGCAUAUGAUCGCCGAACACGUGAGCCUUAAGACCAACAGACACUUCUAUAUUGAUCUCAUGCCAAAUGGAGACAAUGUAUUGACUUCAUAUCAAUGAUAAUCUUUAGGUUAAUUUGUCCCGUGAUUACUAGUUUGUAGGAUUUAAUCGUUUCCUUAUUAUUAACCUUUUAUUUCCAAAUAGCAAUUGAAUUCACAUUUUUAAAAAAUCCUAAGACAUCUUAUGCAUGUUAUCCUUAACUAUUAUUAUUAUUAUUCUGAUUGUUUUUGUGAUAUUUAUGUGAUGACUAUUUUACGCACA